CUUCACGUUAUUGAGGCAAUCCCAGGCAAUCUGUCGUCUUUCAUUUUCUUUUCCUCGUGUGGUUAGCUCCGUUUUGGAGUCGGUUAAAAUGGGACGCCGACCAGCGAGGUGUUAUCGGUAUUGUAAAAAUAAGCCGUACCCGAAAUCCAGAUUCUGUCGCGGUGUGCCAGACCCGAAGAUCCGCAUUUUUGAUCUUGGAAAAAAGAAAGCUUCCGUCGAGGACUUUCCAUUGUGCGUGCACUUGGUAUCGGAUGAAUAUGAACAGCUAAGUUCCGAGGCUUUGGAAGCCGGACGUAUUUGUGCUAACAAAUACAUGGUGAAGAACGCUGGAAAAGAUCAAUUUCAUAUUCGUAUGAGACUCCAUCCCUUCCAUGUUAUCCGCAUCAACAAAAUGUUAUCGUGCGCUGGAGCUGAUAGGCUUCAGACUGGAAUGAGAGGUGCCUUUGGCAAACCUCAGGGUACUGUGGCCAGAGUACACAUUGGUCAGCCCAUUAUGAGCGUGCGUUCUUCCGAUCGACACAAGGCGGCUGUCAUUGAAGCUCUGCGACGUGCCAAGUUCAAGUUCCCUGGUCGUCAAAAGAUUUAUGUAUCGAAGAAAUGGGGCUUCACGAAGUACGAUCGUACUGAGUAUGAGGAACUGAAAGUCGCAGGCCGCCUUGCCCCAGAUGGCUGCAAUGUUAAGUAUCUACCCGAGCAUGGACCGCUCGAAGAAUGGAAGAAAUUCAGGAAGGUACUUGCUACAGCUUAA